AUGUCUCUGUUUGAAGGAAAAGUAAGAGCGGCGGCGGCGGAGACGCCAUCGGUGCUCCCAGGUCUUCCAGGCUUCAAUCCAGACAACCUUCAACCAUGGACAGUGCAGGUAACAGUAUCCAUGACUGUCUUGGCUCUCCUUUGCGUCGUGCUGCGCAUAGUCAGUCGACGUAUCAGGAAACAGCCAUUGGGGUGGGAUGAUUACAUGAUUAUCUUUUCAAUGAGCUGGUAUCUAGUUGUUAUGGGGUUUAUCUUCGCCAUGUAUGACAACGGCAUGGGUCUCCAUGCGGAUAAAGUUAAGCCUGCGAAGAUUGUGAUGAUGGCGAAGUGGUUGUUGGUAGCGGAAAUUCUCUAUGCUUGGAAUCUCGGCUGGACCAAGAUAAGCCUUUUACUCAUGUACUAUCGCAUCUUCCACGUGCCAUACUUCAAGAAGAUGGCAUGGGCAGUUGGCGGCUUUGUCAUGGCGUGGGUUAUUUGCAUCACUUUCCUCUUCAUCUUCAUCUGCGUGCCAGUCCAGAAACUGUGGUACCCUCAACUUCCUGGUCACUGCAUCAAUCAAGUUGGCACUUGGAUCGCAAAUGCGUCUUCGACUAUCUUUACCGAUCUCGCCAUUCUAAUUUUACCAAUUCCACAAAUCUGGAACCUUCAACUCAGAACAGCAGAAAAGAUGGGCUUGACCUUUGCCUUUGGAUUGGGCUUUUUCGUUGUCUUUGCCUCUGCAUACCGCACCUCAGUGCUUUUCACCUACACGAAUAAUGAUCCUACUUACACUCUUGCGCCAACAGUCGGCUGGACCGUUAUCGAAAUAUCUGCUGGUAUCAUAUCCGCUUGUCUUCCUACAUUGUUACCGGUUAUACGACUCCUUUUCAAAGCCAUCGGUAUCGAGCGAAACCUCUUCUCUUCUCAACGAGGAACUAAUGGCGCUUCCAACGUGAACAAAUCAAACUUGAGCACCCUUAAUCCGAACAAGAGCACGAAUGCAGAUUCGACGCAUAGAACGAACGGCAACAACUUCUAUCGCCUAAACGAUGAGACAGAGUCCGAUGGUAGCUUCACGAUUGACACACAACCGGUCGUAAUGAAUUCCCAAUUCCGGCCAGACACAAAAGGGUAUAGACAUACUACCAAAAGUCUUCGGAUCGAUGAGCUGCCGGCUGACCUAACAAGGGACGAUAUACCGUUAAACGGAAUCCGGGUACAGACAGAGUUUAAGCAAUCGACUUCGCCUAGGUGA